AUGGCAUCCCAUGCAGCUUUGGCCUCUUCAAGAAUCCCAACAAGCACCAGAUUUACCUCCAAAACCUCACACUCUUUCCCUGCUCAAUGCUUCUCAAAGAAGCAUGAAUUUGCUGAAUUUUCUGGGCUGAAGUCAAGUGGAUGUGUGACCUUUGCCAAGAAUGGCACAGAUUCUUCCUACUUCUUUGAUGCUGUGGCUGCACAGCUCACUCCAAAGACAGUAGGCUCAACUCAAGUCAAGAGGCCCACCACAGUUGCCAAGUUGAAGGUGGCAAUAAACGGGUUCGGGCGAAUCGGGAGGAACUUCCUACGCUGCUGGCACGGCCGCAAGGACUCGCCACUCGAUGUUAUCGUCGUCAAUGAUAGUGGUGGCGUGAAAAACGCAUCUCACUUGCUCAAGUACGACUCGAUGCUCGGGACAUUCAAGGCCGAUGUGAAAAUAGCCGACAAUGAAACCAUAAGCGUCGAUGGCAAGCCCAUCAAGGUCGUUUCGAGCCGGGACCCGCUCAAGCUCCCUUGGGCCGAGCUUGGAAUCGACAUUGUCAUCGAGGGGACUGGUGUGUUUGUGGAUGGGCCGGGAGCCGGGAAGCACAUUCAAGCCGGGGCUAAAAAGGUAAUUAUCACAGCCCCGGCAAAAGGUGCAGAUAUCCCGACAUAUGUUGUGGGUGUCAAUGAGAAAGACUACUCUCACAAGGUCGCUAACAUCAUAAGCAAUGCUUCUUGCACGACCAACUGUUUGGCUCCGUUCGUCAAGGUCAUGGACGAGGAAUUUGGCAUUGUCAAAGGAACAAUGACAACGACUCACUCAUACACCGGUGAUCAGAGGCUUCUGGAUGCCUCUCACAGGGACCUGAGGCGGGCUCGGGCUGCAGCCCUCAACAUCGUGCCCACGAGCACGGGCGCAGCCAAGGCCGUGUCCCUCGUCCUUCCGCAGCUCAAGGGAAAGCUCAACGGGAUUGCCCUUCGUGUCCCCACCCCAAAUGUCUCAGUGGUUGACCUCGUUGUGAAUGUCGAGAAGAAAGGGAUCACGGCCGAGGAUGUAAAUGCUGCCUUCCGGAAGGCGGCUGAAGGCCCGUUAGCCGGUGUGCUGGACGUGUGCGAUGUGCCACUUGUCUCAGUUGACUUUAGGUGCUCGGAUGUCUCAUCCACCAUUGACUCCUCGUUGACUAUGGUGAUGGGGGAUGACAUGGUCAAGGUGGUGGCUUGGUAUGACAAUGAGUGGGGAUACAGCCAAAGGGUUGUUGAUUUGGCUCAUCUGGUGGCGGACAAGUGGCCGGGGGGUAGCGUGAAGGGGAGCGGAGAUCCAUUGGAGGAUUUCUGCGAGACGAGCCCUGCAGAUAAGGAGUGCAAGGUUUAUGAAGCUUGA